AUGUCUGAAGCUGAGUGGAAGGAAGCGUUUGCUCUGUUCGACAAGAAAGGCUCCGGCCACAUUGAUCGCGACAACCUAGGCGAUCUCUUGCGUGCGCUUGGGCAGAACCCGACGCAGGCGGAGGUGAAGGAACUCGCACAGAACGCGCCGAGAGAGAUCGAUUUCCCGUCGUUCGUGCAAAUCUUGAACCGCCCGAACGGGUUCAAGCCAGCUGGCACGCCUGAGGAGUUUAUGCGCGGAUUCCAGGUGUUUGACAAGGAAGGCACUGGCUACAUCGGUGUCGGUGAGCUCCGCUACGUGCUUACGAGCUUGGGUGAGAAGCUCAGCGACGAAGAGGUUGAUGAGCUGCUCAAGGGCGUCACUGUUGGCCCGUACGUGUACAUGCAAACACUAAUUCACAGCGACGGCACAAUCCACUACGAGACGUUUGUCCGCCAGAUUUUGAGCCAGUAA